AUGCUGUGUCGACAACGCCUAUCGCGGCAAGUAGUCGUGAGAGGACCUUCAACCUUUGCCUCUAGACUUCAACCUCGUUUCCCCACACGUCAUUAUUUCAUAUAUACUCCUACCCGUUCGACCGAAAAUGCGAUCGCGUGCUCAAGACCAACUAUACCUACAGGACCCAAUGUCCUAUUAAGAACAAGCUUUUCCACCUCGACUACAAGGAGGAAAGACAAGAAGGAUAAUGACUUCUUCAACGGGUCCGUUGAGCCGUUGUCAGAGGAGGAGCAAAAAGCAAACCUUGAAAAAAAGUCAGAAGAAACAAAAGAGGAAGUGAGCGAAGAAAAAGGCUCUAGCGCAGACUCCGGCAAGAACCAAGGCCAAGGGGAACCGCAAGAUGGGAAGGGAAGCAGUGCGGCGGGAGGUGCAUCGUCCGGGUCUGGAAAUGAUGCGCCUGGAGACGGUGGCCGACGAGGAGGUCGAAAGUCAGGAGCCGACAAGGCACUGCAAAAACCCGUUGUCCCCGACGUAUACCCCCAGGUUAUGGCGAUACCUAUAGCGAAGCGACCUCUAUUCCCUGGUUUCUACAAGGCAAUUACCAUCAAAGACCCCAAUGUCUCUGCGGCUAUAAUGGAAAUGAUUAAGAGAGGACAACCAUAUGUCGGCGCAUUCUUGUUCAAGGACGAGAAUGCAGACGAGGACAUAAUCAGGGACCCGGCUGAUGUCUACGACACUGGUGUCUUUGCACAGGUCACUAGCGCGUUCCCGGUGCAUGGAGAGCAAAAUAGUCUUACGGCUAUUCUGUAUCCUCAUCGUCGCAUAAAACUAUCCACUUUAAUACCUCCUACCACCAACGAAUCUAAAAAGUCGGACGCCGAGACGGAACCAGUACCCGAACCUAUACCACCUAAGCCGGAAGAGGAGGGCCAACAAGAAAAGAAGGGCGAUGUAGUCGCAAGCUUCGAGGAGAGCGCCGUAGCUUCAAAGUCUGAUUCCGCGGCCGAAAAGUACGAGCCGACAUCAUUCUUAAGGAAAUACCCGGUCAGUCUCGUUAACACUGAGAACUUAUCGGAAGAACCAUUUGAUCCUAAGAGUCCUGUUAUUCGAGCAGUGACGAACGAAAUCGUCAAUGUGUUUAAGGAAGUCGCCUCUAUGAAUAGCUUAUUUAGAGAUCAAAUAUCGACUUUCUCUAUGAGUCAAUCGACUGGAAAUGUUAUGGCGGAGCCAGCAAAACUAGCGGAUUUCGCUGCAGCGGUAUCUGCCGGUGAGCCUGCAGAAUUACAAGAAGUUUUGGCUAGCUUGAACGUCGAGGAACGCAUGCAAAAGGCUUUAGUUGUCUUAAAGAAGGAACUUAUGAACGCGCAAUUACAAUCUAAGAUCACCAAGGAUGUAGAGCAGAAGAUUACGAAACGACAACGAGAAUACUGGUUGAUGGAACAAAUGAAGGGUAUUCGGCGCGAACUAGGCAUUGAGUCUGAUGGUAAGGACAAGCUGGUCGAGAAGUUUAAGGAGAAGGCCGAUAAGUUAGCAAUGCCCGAAGGUGUUCGGAAGGUGUUUGAUGACGAGAUUAACAAGCUCGCUCAUCUUGAACCCGCCGCUUCGGAGUUUAACGUCACGAGAAACUAUCUAGAUUGGUUGACACAGAUUCCCUGGGGACAACGAAGCGCCGAAAACUUUGGAAUUCAAAAUGCGAUGCAUGUUCUAGAUGAAGAUCACUAUGGACUGAAAGAUGUCAAGGAUCGCAUUUUGGAGUUCAUUGCAGUCGGCAAACUCCGCGGUACUGUGGAAGGCAAGAUUUUGUGCUUCGUCGGACCUCCGGGAGUUGGCAAAACGAGUAUAGGCAAAUCAAUUGCUCGUGCUCUCAAUCGGCAAUACUACAGAUUCAGUGUGGGUGGUCUUACGGACGUGGCUGAAAUUAAGGGUCACCGACGAACGUAUGUCGGUGCUCUUCCCGGACGAGUCAUUCAAGCUUUGAAGAAGUGCCAGACGGAAAACCCUCUGAUAUUGAUUGAUGAAGUUGACAAGAUUGGCCGGGGCUAUCAAGGCGACCCUUCAUCAGCUCUCCUAGAGUUGCUUGACCCUGAGCAGAACAGCUCUUUCCUAGACCACUAUAUGGAUGUUCCCGUCGACCUCUCUAAAGUCUUGUUUGUAUGUACAGCAAAUAUGACAGACACCAUCCCGAGACCACUCUUAGACCGUAUGGAAGUUAUCAGACUUUCUGGAUACGUUUCGGACGAGAAGAGAGCAAUUGCGGAUAAAUACCUCGGUCCCGCCGCCAAAGAACUAGCUGGAUUGAAGGAUGCAGAUGUUUCUUUAACGGACGAGGCGAUCGAUGAGUUAAUUAAGUCGUACUGUCGCGAGUCGGGUGUUCGAAAUCUGAAGAAACAGAUUGAGAAGGUCUACCGUAAAUCGGCUCUAAAGAUCGUUCAGGAACUCGGAGAGGACGUCUUACCAGAGUCUGCGGCUCUGACAGACGACGGCAAGGCUGCCUUAGAAGAGUCGGAGAAGGAGAAGGAAAAAGAGAAAGAAAACCACGAUCCUACCUCUCCCGAGGCAUCCGAAAAAGAAACUACAGAAAAGCCGCGUGUACCCUUAAAGGUGCCUGAUUCAGUUCAUGUUGAGAUCAACAAGGAAAACCUGAAGGACUACGUCGGUCCCCCAAUUUUUACUUCCGACCGUCUAUAUGAUGUGACACCACCUGGUGUCGCGAUGGGUCUUGCAUGGACCCAACUCGGUGGUUCCGCAAUGUACAUAGAAUCCAUCCUCCAAUCGGCAUUAAGGCCCAGCACCCGCCCAAGCCUGGAGAUAACAGGUAACCUUAAGACGGUGAUGAAAGAGUCAUCUGCCAUCGCCUACUCUUUUGCCAAAGCCUACAUGGCAAAGGAGUUUACUGAUAACCACUUCUUCGACAAGGCGAAAAUUCAUCUGCACGUGCCAGAAGGGGCGGUACAGAAGGAUGGUCCAUCAGCUGGCAUAACUAUGGCGACUUCGUUCUUAUCAUUGGCGUUGGAUUCUCCAGUUGACCCCACAAUCGCCAUGACGGGAGAACUUACACUUACCGGUAAGGUGCUCAGGAUAGGGGGCCUGCGGGAGAAGACGGUGGCAGCAAGGCGGGCUGGUUGUAAGAUGAUCAUCUUCCCUGAGGACAAUAUGUCCGACUGGUUAGAAUUACCAGAGAACAUUAAGGAGGGUAUCGAGGGCCAUCCAGCCAGUUGGUACGGCGAGGUUUUCGACCUCGUUUUCCCCAACUUGGACCGGGAGCAGGCGAAUCGAUGCAAGAUCUGCGAGUGGAAAAAGGAGCAUGACGACAAGGAAAAGGACAAGGACAAGGACGAAUAG